CACAGUACAAGACAGGUACGACUUUGGCUGCGCAGCAGCUUCCAUUCCAUUGUCCGACCGACAUGGCAACGUCAGCGUCAUUUGCAGGCGUUGGACUUUCGUGCUUCGCAGGUAUAAAUUGCCCCCAUCGCACGACGCUCUCGGCGGCGCGCUCCUCACGGAAUCUACUCUUGUCCCUGUCCGAUCAACACAACAUGGCACAAGCAACCAGCAGCACUCUUGGGGCGACCGCCUCCCCAUCGCCUCCCCAUUUCUUCCUCUGCUCGGUCAGCCUCAAAGGAAAUCUCGCAGCGGAAUGGCCAACCCUGGCUUCGGGGUUGAUUCCGUAUGCAAUCGGCAAGCUUGACCCGGAUGUUCAGACUGAUCAUGCGACGAGCAUCAACGAUGGCCACUCACAAGGCACAGCAAUGCCUGCAGAACAGCUCAAGCAGCUCGAAGACCAGCUCAAGGAUGUGAAGUGGCAAGUAGAGCAGCAUCUUCGCAAGUACGCUCUAGCCCAAAACGCCCUCCCUAUUCUCCAAGACCGCCAACUACAUGUCGAGCUCGCCACUGGCGUUCCAAGGGCGCCGUACUUUGGCAUCCUCUCCAUCCCUUUUUGCUCUUCCUCCGCCGAGCUGCGCAUGAGGCUAGGGCCCACCACCAUCCUCGCCGCGCAUGUUUGGUUCAAAGAUGACCCGCAGAGACCCAGGUUGCACCAUGCCGAGAUCGGCAACGACCGCCUUGAAAUCGACACUGUCCCCAACCUCAUUGUCAAUGCAUGUCUCAUGUCGGCUCAACGCAUUGCCGUUGGACCACCUAAGCAGUGGAAUACGAAUGUCAGAACAGACGCUGACAUCCGCCACUUUCGUCGCAAGGUCGAGCUGAACGUCAAAAAUCUGUUCGGCCUGAACGACACCGUCGAAGUAGUGCUCCUCUUCAGGCGUCCGAGUAGCGAAUCUCUCAGAGCUCUAUCCAAGCAUAGCAGCAAGCGUAGCUUCGAGCUUGCAGUCGCUGAAGCAGUUUCCGACCAGAAGCCCCUCGGUGUCGAAGUGCGACUCAAAGGUCCGCUGCCUGAGAGUUGUAAGCUUUCCCCCAAACCCUCGCUACAGACCCUGGCUGCGGAGCCGCCACAGGCGGAGAGCGCUGCACAGCCCAAAGCCAGCGAUGUCGUUGAUCUCCCCCAACUUCGCACCUUGCUUGCCGACACAGUCAGCAGCUCCGUGUCUUUCCUGCUCGAUGGAGCACACCAAAAGCUGACGAGCACGCUCAACGAGCAUCUCGCUCGCUUCGUCGAAAUUGUGUCCGAACACUCCGUCUCCAUUGAAGAGGCUCGCUUGAGGAUCAACGAAGGACAGACGCCGUCCACUAUGACUGUUCCGAAGCACGAGGCGGCUUGUGACCUCUGCGACACGAUGAUCCAUGGCGUUCGACGCAAGUGUGCCGUCUGCCCUGACUUUGACUGCUGCGCGACGUGUGCACCUCGCCUGCCCGAUGUACACGUGGGUCACGGUUUCUUUGUUUCUAGAGAUCCCGCUGCUUUUCCGCAAUGCAGCCAGCGAUCGCAUUAUGCAUGGUAUCACCCGAACGUCAUUUGCGACAAUUGCGAUAGUGGGAUCACUGGCACAAGAUACAAGUGCAUCGCAUGCGAUUGGGACUUGUGCCAAGUCUGUGAGGCUGAUCCCGCGCAGGACCACGCUUCCCUUCAUGGUCUUAAUCACUUGUUCCUUAAGAUCGACAAGCCGUUGGGUCGGGAAGGCGGGUUUUCCGGUAACAGCGCCACCACUUCAGCCGUUGCAAGAGCCCAAGAGUACGUCCGCGAAAAGCUGAAUGCGUUCGAUGUGCGGGCCAGCGGCAGCUCAUCCUCCCCGCCUUGUGCGGAGGUGCCAUCCGUCAGUCUAGACAUGCACGAGGUCCGUCCUUUUGCUUCUGCGCCUGUGGUCUCCUCUGCUGCUCAACCCAACCUGGUUGAAGAGAAGAGAGCCCUGACAGCUUCGGCGUGUGUGCCGAUGGGCGAGAAGCAGGGUCUCCUGCUUGUCGAGGACGGCGCGCCGUUCAAUGGAACCUACUUGCCUAUCGGAUGCCAAUUCACCAAGGCCUGGACGAUCAAGAACGUUAGCACACAGGCAAUUUCGCACCUUGAGCUGUCCCACGCUGCAGGUGAGACUUUCGGAGCAAAAACGGCAUUGGUCAAUGAGGGACGCCCGUUGCAGUCGGGCGAAAGCGUCCAGGUUCCUCUCGACCACCUCGUUGCGCCGACGACCAAGGGCCGCUCCCAAGCUCUGUUUAAGCUCAAGGGUUCAAGCCCCCACUACGAGACGUCACUCGGUCUCUGGGUCGACAUCAAUGUCACAGCCAUCGAUGAAUACGAGGAGUGCAAUGGAAGCGGCAGCGGCACCUCCAGCAUCCUUGUCCCGCCCGAGCCACCGACAGUGAGCUCGGCUGAUGUUUUGAUGGCUCUCGGUGGUCACCAAGCCGACGAGACGCAGCAAGUUACUCUGGAGCCCGGAUCGGACGCCACACCCACGUCGAGCGUCACGAUUGCUGGAUCCGAGUUUGACUUUGGAGGUUCGCACACGCCUGAAAGCAGCGCAAGCCAAGAAGACGGCUACAUUUUCGUCGACGACUCGGAAGAAUCUUUGGAGGAUGGAGAACAAUGAACAGCUCUCAACGAGCGAAUUGUUUUAAUCGCCCCAUGUUUCAUGAGUCAGUUGCAGGAAUAUAAUAAACCCCAAUAAACCUUGUUACAGAAGACGAUGAUGGAAAGAGUGAGCCUCGCCUGCUCUCGACUAUUGUAGUGUAGCAAAUUGAUGUACAUCUGUGCGUGAAUUUUCCCCUUG